AUCCUCAGAGCUGGCCGGCUGCUGGUAGUCCUCGCUUGGUUCGGUCAGUGUAAAGGGGCGAAAAGGUGGACAGGCGGUUGUGAAAUAGCGCCGGCAUUUUGUAUCGGUCCUAAUUAAGAUAUUUGAGAAUCGCGUUUGUUGUUUUAAUUAGCCAGCAAAUAGGUUGUUAGCUGACUAGUAAAUGUUCUAGGUUUCUGGUAGCUCUCGUCUUCGUGUGUAACCGUUAUUAGUUGGUUAGUUAGUUAUCUUAGCUUGGCCUAGCCUAGCCUAACCUAACCUAUUUUAGCCUAGCCUAACCUAACCUAUUUUAGCCUAGCCUAGCCUAGCCUAACCUAGCCUAGCUAAGCUAAGGUAAAAUAAGAUAACUAGUACGUCCGUGUGAACAUUAAGAGCGAACAGAGCGAAAAUGGGAUCCAGAGCGUCGUCGCUGUUGAGAGAGGAGGACAUUGAGGAGAUUAAAAAGGAAACGGGAUUUUCCCACAGCCAGAUCACACGCCUGUACAGCCGAUUCCACAGUCUGGAUAAAGGCGAGAAUGGUGCUCUCAGUCGUGAAGACUUCCAGAGAAUUCCAGAGCUGGCCAUCAACCCUCUCGGUGAUCGGAUAAUUAAUGCCUUCUUCCCUGAGGGAGAGGAUCAGGUGAACUUCAGAGGGUUCAUGAGAACAUUGGCACACUUUCGACCAGUAGAAGACAACGAGAAGAACAAGGACCCAAACUCAGGAGAGCCUCUUAACAGCAGGAACAACAAGCUCCUCUUCGCUUUCCGCCUGUAUGAUCUGGACAGAGAUGAUAAAAUCUCCAGGGAUGAGCUGCUCCAGGUUCUGCGUAUGAUGGUUGGCGUGAACAUCUCUGAUGAACAGCUGGGCAGCAUUGCAGACAGGACCAUCCAGGAGGCCGACACAAAUGGAGACAUGUCCAUCUCCUUCAGCGAGUUCAUCAAGGUGCUGGAGAAGGUGGAUGUUGAACAGAAGAUGAGCAUUCGCUUCUUGCACUGAAGAACCACCCACUGCCUACAACUGAACACUGACUGGACACCAUCCAUGCCAAUAUAAUUAAGAUCCACCCCUUCCUGGUCCCUACAUUUCAGGCUACACUGUCCACAUGUGCAGUAGACGCAGCUGCUUUCUUGGUUCGUCCUCUCUCGCGCUGACCUGCGCUGGGCACGUCGUCGUGUGCCUAUACUCAGUCGCAACGGCUGUCCUCUGGAACUAUAAACUUAUUUAUUCUGGACCAUUCCUAGUUUAAACCUAGUUCUGUAGAAUAAAAGUACAGUUGAUGUGGUUGUAUGUGGCAAUGAGGACUUUUUAUGAACAGAAGAUAUGGGCUUUCAUUAUGGAUUUUAUUGAGGGAGGAGAAUAUCCUACAUCGAGGACAAACCCGUCCCUUACAAGAUAAGAGCAGCUGUAAUUCUGUGUUCUGUCCGUGUGAAGAUAAGUCAUCAAAUAAAGGUUUUAUUUAUUCAGUCUUUUCCACGAGCUGUAAAAGAGCAGUGAUGGGAGAUUCUGUGGUGGAUGAGGCAUGGCUGCUUCACACCAUGCUGCGUUGCCCCCUCUUUUCCUGUUACCAGUUAUUUUCUGCGACUAUUUCUCUCAGAGUUCAGGGCAGGGGACGGAGGAAUUUAUCGGGCCUUGCUGGCCCUGGACAGCAGGUUUGGGUGACGACGUUUUGAGGUUUGCUUCAUGCUGUUUCUCUGGAGAGAUGAAGGUUUGCAAAGGAAGCUGUAAUGAGAUGAUUAUUUAUGAAGAUUCCUCCCUAUCAAUUUAGUUGAAUCCCUGAAAUUUUAUACAUUUUAAGGUGUCAGAUUCUAGAUCAUUCCAAAACUUUGACCUUGUUUUGGACCAUGGUGUUCCAUGGCUUUCAGUGUUAUCAGGGGAUCUUUACAGCCAAUUUGAUGGUCUCUGUUUUAGUCCCUCCUUUCUUCUCAGGCUGUGUUGCUGUCAGUCAGCUAUAAUUAGCAGUGACCUGUUCAAAAUGAAUCAUCAAUGAGUCUGACUGCAUUCUGGCUGUCUAGUUAGAGAAGGUAACUCUAAAUCUGUAGUACUCUGUAGUAUUUGGUUUCUGGCUUUGCCGUAAAGGUUACAUGCCAAUGUGCUGGAUUCUCAAUGAUGAGAGCUUAACAACACUAACACAUGUAGUUUCCAGAACCUUGUCAGUGGCUUGUGCAGGAUUAAGGGCCUCUAAAGGUCAUUUUAGUCCCAUAAAGGUCAUCUUGGUCCGUAUGUACCAGCAGACCAGUUUCGCACGCACUCUCAACAUUACUGAAAAGGAAGCCUGCAGUGAUGUCAUCAAACACUUUUUGCACACCAGUGAUAUAAUCUGUGCCAGAACAUGGUGCUUAUCAUUAGUUCUGUCUCUUACCAUCCAGGGUACUCCAACUGAAAUCACAUGUUUGCUGGUUGUCUGAUAUACGCGUAGAUCUAUAGGAUGAGCGUGUGACCUGAUGGACAGUGCACCUGCAGUAGCUGCUGAUCAACUUUUCUUGUUAGGGCUGAGGAGGGACAAACUCUUCAGCGGCACUGGACGACUCCUGGGAAACACCAGUUUCAUUACCAUUUUAUUACACGUGAUUAUCAGUCAUGUACUGUACAAUACAUUAGAAUAUUAUUGGUUAAUGUGGACUGAUUUUGAUCAAAUAAAGAUCCAGGUCCCAUAUUUAAAUGUAA